UCCAAUGUCUUGGUAUACUCUGACUAUUUUGUGGUGAAAUGGAUGUACGUGUCAUUAUUUAUAUCUCCUUUUUUGCAUUUAAUUGCAAAAUCCCCCAAAAAUUGAAAUAACAACAGUAACCUCCAAACUUAUAAUUGACUUUCCAGUAGCUGUUGGUCUUGGACUGAUGAAGAUCUCAAGAUCCACUUACAAAACAGCUCUGUAAAUAAAAAUGUGUUGAUUGAUACUUUUGUUUUUUCAUUGAAGAGACUGUAUAUCCUCUGGCUUGUUAUGAUGUUAUCUUCUGUAUCUCUGCUGGACAAGUGGCGUGCUGUCAAAUUUGAAACCAAACGUCUCGACAAAUACCCUGCCUGUACCGUAUUUUGAACAACAACGAAUGUAAAUUGUAAUAUUUCAAUUAUUUCAGGAAAACUGCGGUAGAAUUUUACUUACAGUAUAAUAGUGUUACUUUAAACCCUUGAUGCCUGAAUUUACAUUUAACAAAGAUAGCCAAAGCAUUGGAAGAAUGCAUAAGUACAAUACAAAAUACUAAUUAUGAAUGAGAAAUUACUUUAAAUAUUUUGUUUUCUUUUUUUAAAAAUCAUAAAAAUAUUGAAAAUAAUAAAUAUUAAUCUAAUUAAUCUAUCAUCAAUAAUAAUAAUUUGAUGUACAUAUGUAUUCCCCAAUGCUUUUAAAAAAUAUUUUUGUACCAUUUGAUGCAGCUACUUUUUAUUAAACUGUUUAAACAAAAAAACGAUUUUCUUGUUGUUGUUUUAUUCAACUUUUAUAUGCAGUGUAUUUUAGAUUUUUAUGUGUUUUUUUUCCUCCUCCAUUGAAAUGGAGUGUUAAUGUUCAGUGUAUGAUGUUGUGGCUACAACCAAUAUUCUUUCGUUUAUUUUCUGAGGCGCUUAUCCUCGCGAUUGUCACGGGGUUGCCGGAGCCUAUCCCGGCUAACUAUGGGCAGUAGGCGGGGUACACCCUGAAUCGGUCGCAAGCCAUUUGCGGGGCACCAGGAGACACACUCGUACCUCGGGACAAUUUUUGCGAUGUGGGAGGAAAGUGGAGAAAAAACCCAUGCAGGCACACAAACUCCACACAGGAAGGCCGGAGCCUGGGAUUGAAACCCUUGAACAACAAAUAUACCUUUUAGAAAUAAAACAUUGCCUUGUGCUAUUGGUGAACAUUCCAAUCAACUAGUGUUAAGACUUGAGGGUCAUGUAAAAGGUUAAUGAUGCACAGGACUAUUAUUGUUUUUUGUAGUUGAGAAGUCCAGUUCCUUCACUGAUCAAUAAUUUUACCCAGCACUGCGCAAGACACGCAUGCACACAGAACUUUGCACUACGACCUACAAAAUAAGUUCAGCUGGGUUAUGAGAGUUGAUUUACAUUAACACCCAAACACAGAGUAAGAUGCCACAAAUGAGGAGUUUGGCGUUUUUGCUGCUCUUUGACUGGAUCGGAGCAAGUGUAAUCAUCCCGCAAGAGAACUUUGAUUUGGACCGGUUCAUGGGUAGGUGGUAUGAGGUGGCGGUUGUUUCCGAUUGUCCCCAUUAUAUGCAAAACAAGAGGCAAAACCCCGUCAUUGUUACUCUGGAUCUGAAACUCCGUGAGCAGGGUAACAUCAACGUGCUAGUCGCAGCUCCCAGGAAUGGCUCAUGUAAACACACGGCCACUCACUUUACUUUAACAGAUGUCGGGGGACAAUUUUUUUGCCAUGUUGCAAGACACAAUGUGGAUGUGGAUGCCUAUGUUGUCCAUACCAAUUAUGACCACUAUGCAAUGAUGGGGCUACUGAGUAUGGAGGUGUCGUCACAGAAUAAAAGCACCAUCUUCAAACUUUUCAAUCGCUCUUCGGAUGGGAGACACGCUGCACUGGAUGACUUCAAGAGGCUGGUCAGAAAACAUGAAAUGAGGGAUGAUAACAUUAUUUUUAAUGGCAAGAGAGAUUCUAAUACAUGUUCAUGAAACUUGAAGCAAAAGCCAAUUCUGUUGUGUGUGAGGAGCCUGUGAAGCUCACUAAAAUGUCUUUUUUUUUUUUUUUUUUUUUUUAUGUUUUGACUAUGAGACAAAAUUAAGAUGGGGAGCGGAUAUACAUUGUCCAGGUUAUUCCUAAAUUGUUGUUUGAAUAAUCAGUUAAAAAAGACUUAGCUUUUUGAGUGAAUCUUAAUCUAAUCUAAAAAUGGGAUAAAAAGCUAUUAUUUACCACAUAACUGCCCAUGUACCCUCUUUAAAAUGUUUUUGUUUAAACCUUCGGGAUGAUUUCAUUUGAUGUUAUGUAUCAUGUAAUUUGUGAUUUUGUGACCUUACCUUGUGUUGAAUUGUCCUAUACAAAAAACAGUUUUGCCUUGCCCAAUUUCCAGCAUUGCGGCAUGUGAUUGUCAGGUGUUUGUUUGCUUAAUAGUGUCCAUUUACAUUGUUUAUUCAACAUUAAAAAUAAUCAUGUUCAAUGUUGCAUCUUCAGAUUCCAAUAUGGGUGCUGCGAUUGC